AUGGAGUAUGAGUUUGAGGAGGCGAUAGAGACAUCACAGACUGGAGAUAGAGCUGCAAUCACUCAUGCGUACUCAACGGUUAGCGUGUUUGACACUUUCAAUGCGGCUAGAACAGCAAUCAUCGAUCAAAGCGACAACAUAUACACCUACGAAACUCGCUAUGAGACAGAUCGAAUUCUCGCUAGGGUAUAUCGCUGUCGCUCCCAUGAGCGCAGUGAACAUCGCUUCAAAGUUAAAGAGCUUCGAUACCAAGGAGUACCGACGACAUAUCAGCUGGAGGAUUCGGGACAACACGAUGCAAUAGGAAUUUCGGUUCAGCGUCGUGGAAUUAAACCUCUGCUCGUGGAGGAGAUUGAUUCGUUGCUUCGAGUGGGAUGGGGGAGCUCAACAGCUUCGGUCUACUCUGUUGCACAGAUUUAG